ACAGGAAAAGCAAAACUCCAACAGACAACUGUCUAUGAAUUUAUUUAAGUCGUAGUGUUGACUUGGCCCAGAUGGAACGGGACAACCGAUCCGGAACGAACGUUCUCGACCUUAGUCUGAUUAUUAACGUGUUUUUUUUAAGGAAGAAUUAACAUGACGUCGAAAUGGGUGAUUGGAGUAGUCACGAUGAGCUUGCUGCUUUGCGUGACUGCGUACGGCCCGGCAAAACAGACUAAUUCUUAUGGCAAUUACAAAUCGUGCCCUAAUGUAGGCGGUUAUCCGUCACAGUGUCGACCACCCAAAGAUUGCGCUGUUUGGUACGAUCUUGUUGUUGUUACGCCCAACACAGGUUGUAAAUUGACAGACGGAAAUCCAGGCACCUGCUGUCCCGAUCUUCCCUCUAAUGGUAAUGGGGCACCUAUUUUGAAUGUUCCUAAGCGCGAGAAAGUCCCGUUCAGCAUAGAUACAAAGAGGAUUGAAAACGCCAUAAAGGCGAGUCAGACACUGAGUACCUGUUUGACUAACACGGAAACGUGUCUGAACGAGAAUAAAAUUACAAUUAGACCGGGAUCGUCUAGUGCCGCACAUUCCUUUUUCUCUCGCACAACACCUGAAUCGAUGAAAAUCAGUCGUGGUGCAUUAGUCGCUAGUUUUGCUGCCAAGGAACUCAUUCAAAGUUUUGGUACCGCAAUUGAGUCGGAUCAAAUAGACAGUACUAUUUCCCAAGUCAACCUGAAAGACACGAGCUUGGCCAACACAUGCCCCGUUAAUCCAGUCUGUGAUGAAAAGACUCUCCGCUCUCCGUUCCGAAAGCUGGACGGUUCGUGUAACAACGUGAGGAACCCCAUUUGGGGCCAAUCGAAAACCCAAUAUCAGCGUCUUCUCUCUCCAGAUUAUGCUGAAGGUAUUUCAACGCCACGAAAGGCUAAAAACUGGCAACAGGGUCGCGAGCUUCCCAGUCCUCGUUUAGUGUCGAUUUCCGUGGUUCACGACGAAAACUCCCCCAGUGAUUCUACAGCUUCUUGGACUAUGCAAAUGGGACAAUUCUUAGACCACGAUCUUGUAUCGACGCCAACUACAACUGCUACAUGCUGUACGAGUGACGGGAAAGCGAUGAGGCCGGCUGAACUCCAUCCUGAAUGCCUGCCCAUUUCGAUUCCAGCUGACGACCCGUUUUUCUCGCAGUUUGGUCAAACUUGCAUGGAUUUCGUCCGUUCUAGCACAGCCCCUAAAUUAGAUUGCAGACUAGGCUAUCGAGAACAGCUGAACGAUAACACCCAUUUCUUGGAUCUGUCACUUGUGUACGGCUCUGACGAUAAAACUGCAGAUGAAUUGCGGACCAAAGAAAAAGGAAAACUAAAAAUUAAUUCUCCAAGGAGUGAUCACGAGUCAGCUUUACUACCACCCGGUGAAAACCCUCUUGGAAGACCGUGUAGUCUAGCCAGAGAAGUGUCUGGAAUAAAUCCACCGGCUGAUAUCAAAUGCUUCGCUGCAGGGGACGGUCGAUCAAGUGUGACACCUAAAAUGGCGGUUUCUCAAACUGUUUUCUUGCGUGAACACAAUCGACUUGCAACAGAGCUCGCAAGUUUGAAUCCAUCUUGGGAUGAUGAGCGUCUCUAUCAGGAGGCCCGGCGCAUUCUGAUUGCGCAAGCGCAACACAUCACUUACAACGAGUGGUUGCCUAUCGUUAUUGGUCGUUCUAAAAUGCAACAGCUUGGUUUGUUGCCACUACAGCGUGGCUUUAGCAGAGAUUACGAUGGAAACGUCCUUCCUAGCAUCGUGAAUGAAUUCGUCGGUGCCGCUUUCCGGUUUGGUCAUUCGCUCGUCCAAGGAAAUUACAAUCUGUUUAAUCAGCAGAGACAAAAGGAGGCAGGAGACAAAAUUCUGCGCCAGCAUUUUUUCAAAACACAGGAGGUCUAUAAGCCUGGUAACUUGGACAAAUUCCUCAUUUCCUUGGCUACUGUACCUAUUCAAAAUAUGGACAAUUCUUUCUCAGAAGAGCUAACAAAUCACUUGUUCGAAGAUCAUCCUGCCCAACGUUUUGGUUUGGAUUUGGUAUCACUCAAUAUUCAACGUGGACGUGAUCACGGUCUACGUGGUUACAACUCUUACCGGGAAUUAUGCGGACUUAAACGAGCCAAUAAUUUCGACGACCUUUGUGAUACGAUUCCCAACGUAAUUGUCAAACGUCUUCAAACUUUGUACAAUUCAGUGGAUGAUAUUGACCUGUUUAUCGGUGGAGUCUCAGAGCGGGCAGCCGAGGGAGCGUUGGUUGGACCAACGUUCCAGUGCAUCAUAGCCGAUCAGUUUUUAAAACUGAAACGGGGUGAUCGCUAUUUUUAUGAUCUUGGAGGACAGGCCGGCUCGUUCACUCAAGAACAACUGGAUGAAAUCCGAAAAUUCAGCUUGGCACGUCUCGCUUGCGGCAAUAGCCAAGUUCAGAAAUUCCAGCCACUACUUUUCCGAACUGUAUCAGCCGCGAAUCCGAUCGUUGAUUGUAAAUCAUCCUCUAUUCCAAGCAUGAGUCUUCUCCCAUGGAAGGAAAGAGGAUAUGGAGGCGGUGGAUACUCUGGUUAGUGUUAUGACUAAAUAUGGCAAAGGACACCCACUUAAAAUCAAGUUAAUGUAAUGCUACGUACCAAUUUGCGAAAGUUGAAGAAUCUCUCGGGCUUAUCAAUCCAUUGAAGUAUGUGUGUCAUCAUAAAAGACCUGUAAAUUUCACUGACCUGAAAUGAAAAAAUAAUAAAACCUUAACACAA